AGAAGGUGGAAGAAUUGUUUUUACCGCGCAGAGAAAUCAGGAGCGAGCACUGGUGCCGUUGGGUCGUACAGCAAAGAUUUGUGGAUCAGCCAGGUACUGAUUCCGUCGAUACACCAUGGGAACCCCGUUCAAGGAUCUGGCUAAGCUGUUCGACAACAAAAUCAACAAUACGAACUUCAGCGGCGACUCCAUUAACGCAACUGCUGCGCCAGCGAACCGCCCUGGUUUUGAGUUUCAGAAGGUCCCUGCCGGCACCGUGGCCGCCUUUAUCCCGCUCUAUACGAGCGUCGUCAUUUUGUCGUUGCUGGGGAACGCCCUCGUUUGCCUCGCUGUGGUGCGCAACAAACGCAUGCGCAGUGUCACCAACUUCUUCUUGGCCAACCAGGCUCUGUCGGACAUCGUCAUGACAAUUCUGAACAUUCCCUUCACCGCAUACCACCAAAUGGUGCUUGACUGGCCCUUUGGCGACCUGAUGUGCCACCUGGCCGAGUACAUGGGCAUGAUGUCGGUCUACGUGUCCACGUUCACGUUGACGGCGAUUGCUUUGGACCGGCACCGGUACAUAAUGUAUCCGCACCGGCCUCGCAUCGCAAAGCGCACUGCUUUGGGCGUCGCUAGCUUCGUUUGGGCUCUGGCGUUGUUGCUGUCCAUCCCGUACGCCCUCUUCCGUCAAACCGAAAUCAGGAACGGAGCCACGCUUUGUCUCAUCUCUGUGGCCUCCAAUGACCUCUGGUUCUGGAAGUACGUGGCCCUCGUGACAUUCUUCAUCCAGCUGCUGAUCCCUCUGGCCGUGAUAUCGGCAGCCUAUCUCCGCAUCUACCUGAAGCUGAGAGCUCGCGGGAACGUGGGCAGCGUGAUGGCCCAGCAUCAGCGGGCCAACAACAAGGCCAAGCAGCGCACCACUCUCAAGCUGGUCCUGUUCGUGGCCGUCUUCGCUGUCUGCUGGUGUCCGCUCAACCUCUACGUCUUUGUCACCAACUUCAACCAGAAGCUUAAAAGCAGCGUGCUGUAUCUCUGCCUGCACUGGUUCGCCAUGUGCAGCGUCUGCAUCAACCCCGUCGCCUUCGCUUUCCUCAACAAGAACUUCCGGAGUGGUCUGAAAGCAACGCUCCGUUGCGCCCGUGUGAAUGAUCGCGCCAAGCAUUCCAGAAAUCAUACAUCAGAAACUUUCCAAUAAACAAAAAAAAAAGCAGUUCACCAUACCAUCAAAAUUCACCA